CGUCUAUCUUGAGAAUUAAAACGCUUUGGAAAAAAUUAAAGUACUAGAUCAAAAAUGAAGUGCUUGGCCGGCCACCCUCUGGUUCCCCAGGAGAGUUUGGCGGAGCUCUCAGCGCUCGCUGGUGGAACAAAAUACAUCCACGGGGUGCGGUGCGAUCUCUGCGGCGUGUCUUCGCGUCACCGUGUGCCCGCCGUGCGUACGAACGAGGCGAGCGGCGAAACCGUUUUCUCCUAUCACUGCCAGCCGUGCGGCUACGAUCUCUGUGUGCGCUGCGCGAACGAAUCUCUCGGACUGGACCGGGGCACGUUGGUCAGCCCUUCGUACUGGUGCUUGACGCAACCCGCACUCCAGGAGGGCCGCCCCAUCACCGCGGCGCCAAACACGUUCGUGGUGGCAGAAGUGGUGAAAAGCGACGAAGAAUAUAAUCAAGAGGGAAAAACAAAAACUCGAUCUCAUCUCGCAAAGGAAGUAGAAGAAACGGCUGAUGAUCUCGCCGAGAGAGGAACUACGUCAGCGGCGUCCUCUACUUCAAGUGUUAUUUUUGCGAAAGAAGAUCAUGUUCUUAACAGAACCGGGACGGACGAGGAGAGCACAAACAGCCCGCGAGGGAAGAUCAGGUCGUGCGCGAAUAAAGCGUGUGGGGGCGUUACCCUGUUUAUACCGCCCUUGGAAAUUUCUCCGGGAAAGAAAAAAAGAGAACAGUACGUGCAGACGCAGACUGUGGAGGUGUCCUUCGAGGAGGAUGUUGGUCCCAGUAAUGGGCUGCUAAAUUCUUCGUCCAGCCGGUCGGGGGAAGAAGUAGACAGCAGUAAAAGAAAAAACGGUCCCCACAGCACGUCGUCCGCCUCAAGCACGACUACUGUUACAGCGUCAACAUCGGCACGAGCGGCUCCUCCCUCGGGCGCAGUUAAGAACCUCCGCGACAACAAGAAAAAGAAGGCAGACACGGCAUCUUCCGUUCGGGAAAAAGUGGCGAUCGUCGUGCCCAAGGCUCUCUUUCAGGAAGUAAAGUCGGAACAAGGACGAACGCUGCUGCCGGAAGAUCAAUAUGCGGACGGCACAGCGAGUAAGAAGCACGGUCGUGGUGGCCCGGCGCGGUACAAAAGCCCCGACACGUCGAGUAGCGAGGAGGAGGAUUUCUUUUCCCGCCGCCGCGCUAAGUUCUCCUUUCGCUGGAACCUGCGGGCCGCGUACAGAAAAAGCUGGUACCUGGAAAACGGUCGCUUCGUUCGGGAGCAUGACCGGCACGUGUUUUUGGCGCAGGAAAUGCAGGAACAGGGGAGUCUCUUUUCCCACACCGAAAAGGAGAAAAGCGAUCUGAUUCGGCAGCAAUUGGGCGUAGGCGAGGAGGAAGAGCCUCACCCUGGCGGCCCGAGAAACGCAUCCGCGCAGGUGGGUCCGUCACUGGUGUUGCUGCAACAAGACGAGUCUGCACUUAUUUCUCGGGACGAACAGUCCGACAGGAUUAGUGCGCCAUCGGCACCACCAGAGCUUGUGUUUCACCCAAAAAAGAGGUCAACAUCUUCCGACCUGAAGGACACCAAGCACGCUUUUCUCAGGAGGGAGACCACCACCAUGGCCGCUUUCGUUUCGUCAAGCGCCUCCUCCGCGUCUUCCAAAGGAGAAGAUGGAGAAGACUUUCGAGCAAGAGGUGGAGACAGAGUUCAAGAAGACAACAAGAUCAAAGAGUCCGACAGCAACUUCAACCUCGCUCUUGCCUGCUUCGCGAUUGACGGGGUGCGGGGCAUCAUUCUGUGGUUCGCAGCGGACUUCAUUUUUCCCGUGCAGUUUUUGCUGCUCAAUGCCUCUUUGUGGAGUAAGGAGUUCUCGAAGUGGAUCGCAGAAGACUUGCUGAUUUGGCAGCAGGCAGUGUUGCACCUGUUUCCCACUGUCAACCCGCAUCUACGGCGGUUAGAUUUGAAGUUUCUGCGACGCCGCUUGGAGGGCACGUGGCUGUUUCGCGACAACGCCAUCACCACUUCUGGGCUCCAUCGUACUACGGGAGGAGCAGCUGCUACUUCGGGCUCUGAUAACUUCUUCAGUCAGAAUUCCGCCGCUUCCACCACGGUGCGCCCCCGGACGCCGCAUGCAUCUCCGCGGUCGCCGCGAGGGGCAGGGCUAGGUCCGGCGGCGGUAAAUUUGAAUAGUCCGUCUAGCAAUGCGAGUUUCUUGCAAGCAGCGCCGCGGCUGGGUUUGGCCGGGCACACUUCCUCUUGGAGCAAGACCACGGCCGGUCGCUCAAAGCAGUCUUCCUGCAGUGAGGUGUCGGGCACAGGAAAUCAUCAACCAGCACUUCUCACUUCCGAAGAGGAGGCGUCAAGAAAUAACUUGGUGGUGGGCAACAGCAGUACUAUCGCAGCUGGCGCUUUGUCCUCUUCUGCAGGUGUAGUAGACCCAAGCCACCAGCCGCAUCCAAAGAGCGCGGUCGGCAUCAUCGUGCAUCAAUCGAAGAAGCCAAAAUUUCCGGCCUCGCACGCCGUGGAGAAUUGCGACCGGCCGGACUGUCCCAUGACCUGGGAAAGUUUGCAGUACCAGUCGCGCGAGUCCGAGCACAUCCGGGUCUGUCAACAGUGUCGCUGCGACGUGUUUUAUGCGGAAGACAUAGAGAACGCGGUACUGCACGCGAGGCGGGAGCACAAAUUUGCUGUCGGGAACGCGCAGCACCGCUACCAGGACGGUAUCAGCAAGUGCUGCAGGGCGCACUUGAGAAACAAUGUCAGGUAACUGGUUUCGAGAGUGGUUGUUCCGAAAUGAAUAUCAUGUUUCAUCGCUGAGAACGACAGACUGUUUCGAUAUACACAUAGAUAUAGCCUGCCAGACGCUUAUGUGUCGCUGUUUUUUACUACAGACGUUUCAAAUUUGAAAAUAUAACGAUGUCACCGCACUCGCAGCAGGUCGUG